AAAGCCUAAACCCAUGACGACCCGACCCAUCUGAAAAAAUCAUAUCAGCAAACCCUUAUUCUACCGAACUUUCCUCCUCCACUUUCCUUGAAGGUAGCGAGCUUCACAACAAUGGCGUUUGUUAAGGCUCAGAAAUCAAGUGCCUACUUCAAGAGAUAUCAAGUGAAGUUCAAGAGAAGAAGAGAGGGAAAAACCGAUUACCGAGCCAGGAUUCGGUUGAUUAACCAGGAUAAGAACAAGUACAACACACCAAAGUAUCGCUUUGUGGUUCGAUUUACUAACAAGGACAUCAUUGCCCAAAUAACAUCUGCUACCAUUGCUGGCGAUAAUGUUCUUGCUGCAGCAUAUGCACAUGAGCUGCCACGAUAUGGUCUCGAAGUGGGCCUUACAAACUAUGCCGCAGCUUAUUGCACUGGACUCUUGUUGGCCCGUCGAGUGCUUAAGAAGCUUGAAAUGGAUGAGGAAUAUGAAGGAAAUGUUGAGGCCACUGGAGAGGAUUAUUCAGUGGAACCAGCUGACACCAGGAGGCCAUUCCGUGCUCUCCUUGAUGUUGGUCUCAUUAAGACCACAACAGGCAAUCGUGUCUUUGGUGCCCUUAAGGGAGCUCUGGAUGGGGGCUUGGAUAUCCCUCAUAGUGAUAAAAGGUUUGCUGGCUUUGAUAAGGAUAAGAAGGAGCUUGAUGCUGAGGUUCAUCGCAAAUAUGUCUUUGGUGGACAUGUUGCUGCUUAUAUGAAGACAUUGAAUGAGGAUGAGCCAGAGAAAUACCAUUCACACUUUAGUGAUUAUAUCAAGCGGGGAAUAGAGCCUGAUGGUCUGGAAGAUCUGUAUAAGAAGGUUCAUGCUGCCAUCAGAGCUGACCCUACUUUCAAGACAUCCGAGAAACAGGCACCAAAGGAGCAUAAGAGGUACAAUCUUAAGAAACUCACUUAUGAGGAGAGAAAGGCUAAAUUGGUUGCACGGUUGCAGGCUCUCAACUCUGCUGCUGGUGAUGAUGAUGAUGAGGAUGAUGAGUGAAAGUUCAUCAUUCAUGCUGUAAUAUGAGCUGCUGUCUUAGCUUGUAUUUAGUCAUUAUGAGCAGUUAUUUUGUAGAUCACAAAUUUUGGAUACUUUUGGAGUUGAGUUAGCCUUUCAUUUUGUGUCGGGAUUGAUUAAUGUGUUAUAUUUUAUUCUCAUGCUUUACAGAUAUGUUGGUUACAAUAUAAUCAGAUUGUUUACGUGGUA